AUGUCUGGUCAAAUAUCGCGUGGCUUGCCCAAGAAGCAAGAGAGUGAGAGCGCGCCUGUGACUAUUCCAUACACCCCUGAAGAGCUGGAGCGUCUUAAGACUGCACUAGAUCGUAAGCUGGGACCAGAAUUCAUCAGCAUUAGAAGCGGACCCGGACAGAGCAAAGUGAACUAUCUGGAAGGAUGGAAAGCCAUUAAUCUGGCCAACGAGAUUUUCGGCCCUACAGGAUGGAGGUCUGAGCUUCGUUCGUUCCAAGUCGACUACAUUGACGAGCGUAAUGGACGUGUUAGUCUGGGACUAUCGUCCAUCGUUCGUGUUAUUCUGAGAGACGGGACGUACCACGAGGACAUUGGAUACGGAUCGAUAGAUAAUUGCAACAGCAAGAGCGCGGCAUUUGACAAAUGCAAGAAAGAGGCUGCAACAGACGGAAUGAAGAGAGCGUUGAGGCAGUUCGGUAACUCGCUUGGCAACUGUCUGUACGAUAAAGACUACCUGAAGCGAAUCUGCAAGGUCAAGCCAAUCCCACUGACUUUCGACGAGGACGAGCUAAUGCGUCACGAAGAAAAGCCAAAAGCUAUGUCGCUGAAAGAGCCGGAACGAAAGCCCAUGGUGGCAGUCAAGCCGCAAUCGCACUCAAUGCCAGCAUUGAAAACGAGCGAUCCGGCAGAAGACCACGACAACUCCUUCAACGAUUUCAUGAGCGACGACUGGCCAGACGAGCUGGUCAAGACAAAGCGGGACGCAUUGCCUGACUCGGAGCCCGAGUUCGACGACGACGACGAUUUCGAGCCCCGUUCAUUGCAGCCACCAGCUCCUCGCGGACGCGAGCUCAAGACGGGCAAGUCGCAGGAACUACUACGCGAAGCGGACUCCAGCAAGAGCAGCACUUCUGUCGCGCGCAAACUGGAUCUGAGCUCACCAUCUGCCACGCCUGGAGGGAUUCCCGACAAGGUGGUGUUUGUGAGUGCCAAAGCAGCAGACAGGGUGAAACGCGAUCCCUCGUUACAAAAUGGGUCCAAGUACGACGCUAGGAACACCCCCGACUCUUUGAAAAAAUCAAGUUUUGUCAACCACAACAAGUCGACCCCGAUCAAACGCAGUUUGGUUCUUGAUGAAAAGGAGAAUACUGUGCCUUCGUCUGUAAAGCGAGGAAAUUGGGGUAAAUAG